AAAUAAUGGAGUCUGUGUUGCUUUAAAUAUCAUUACCUAACUCUGAUUUUUGCACUUCAAUUGAACGAGAAACAGUUGGGACAUCAUGUGGAGAGAGGCAGCAUGGUUGAUGGUACUGCUCCUUCUAUUCCACCAAAUUUGUGCUGCCAAGGACGAUGAAGAACACCUUUGUCCCCCUUCUUCCUGUGGAAAAAUCACCAACAUAAAGAAACCGUUUCGAUUACAAGGCGACCCAGAAAACUGCGGACACAAAAGUUAUGAGCUUGGUUGUGAGAAUAAUGUUACCGUGUUGUAUCUGCUCUCUGCAAAAUAUCAGGUGGAGGCAAUAAACUACAACAACUACACAGUGAGAGUGGUUGAUCCUGCACUUCAACAUCACAAUUGCUCCUCCCUUCCUCUCCAUUCCUUCUCUCGCUCCAAUUUCUCUGAUACUUAUUACAACUACUACUCGGAUCUAUACCAAGCCGGUCUAAGUGCAUAUGACAAUUGGGAAUCUCUGAUUUUCGAGCAUAUAGUGUUUUUGAACUGUAAGCAUUCAGUGAAAGAUAAUAGGAAGUAUGUGGAGAGUGGUGAGUGCGUGAAGUGGGACUCCGAGGGCUAUGCAUAUGCAGUUGGUGGUGACCUAAAAGCUGAGGACUUUGAAGUUGGGUGCGAUGUAAAGCUUGUUGCUCCAACAUCUUUGAGGAGUUUGAAUUACGAUUCCUACACUGCCAUCCACAGGGGACUGGCCUAUGGAUUUGAGAUUUCAUGGGUAAAACUCGCCUGUCAGAAGAUUAUCUGUUCACAGUUUAACACCUACUGCUAUUUCAACAUUAAGAGCCAAAAUCUUGAUUGCGGUGGACAUUGGCAUCUUACUGCUAUGGCAUGGGCUUACAAAAUUUUGUUUGGAUGGCCGUUCUUAAUUGUGGUUUUCAUAUUGAAAUGGAAAAAACGACAUGCAUCAACAUAUGAAAAUAUUGAAAAUUAUCUGGAACAAAAUCACCUGGUGCCUAUUAGAUACUCAUACAAGGAAAUUAAGAAGAUGACUGAAGGUUUCAAAGAGAAGUUAGGUGAAGGAGGAUUUGGUUUCGUGUUUAAGGCAAAGUUGCGGAGUGGACCUUCCGUGGCAAUCAAAAUGUUAGGCAAAUCGAAAGGAAAUGGACAAGAUUUUAUCAAUGAAGUUGCAACCAUUGGAAGAAUACAUCAUCAAAAUGUGGUACAAUUAAUUGGAUUUUGUGUCAGUGGCUCAAAGCGAGCUCUUGUUUAUGAAUUCAUGCCCAAUGGAUCUCUUGAUAAAUUUAUAUUUUCAAGAGAUGAAAAUAUAGAUUUUAGCUAUGAAAAAGUAUACAAGAUAUCUAUUGGAGUAGCUCGUGGAAUUGCCUAUCUCCAUCAUGGAUGUGAGAUGCAGAUUUUGCAUUUUGAUAUCAAACCCCAUAACAUCUUAUUAGAUGAGAAUUUCAUUCCAAAGAUUUCUGACUUUGGAUUAGCAAAGUUAUAUCCAAUAGAUAAUAGCUUCGUCACAAUGACAGCAGCAAGAGGAACCAUUGGAUAUAUGGCUCCAGAAUUGUUUUACAAUAAUAUUGGAGGAAUAUCCCACAAAGCUGAUGUUUAUAGCUUCGGAAUGUUGUUGAUGGAGAUGGCAAGCAAGAGGAAGAAUCUAAAUCCCCAUGCAGAACACUCAAGUCAACUUUAUUUUCCCCUUUGGAUAUAUAAUCAUAUUAGAGAAGAGGAAGAUAUAGAUAUAAAGGAUUUGAGCGAAGAGGAAAAGCUAAUAGUAAAGAAAAUGAUCAUAGUUGCACUUUGGUGUAUACAGUUAAAACCAAAGGAUCGUCCUUCAAUGAAUAAAGUAGUGGAAAUGCUUGAAGGAGACAUUGAAGAUUUGAAAAUACCUCCAAAACUUACUUUAUUUCCUGAUGAUGAAAUGAGUGUAGAGGAUCAAACCGCCAGUUCUAUCUAAACCUACCUUAGUAAUUCGUUACUUUAUAUUUUUUUAUAGACAAUAUUAAUUGUUUUAGUAUUUAUUUAUAAGUGAAGUUGAAUUUAUAAUCUCUCUCACAUUUUUUUUUCUUAAUCUAUCAAACUACAUUUGAUACCAUUCACCAUCCUUUCCAGUUCCCAUCCAAGAAAAAUCCGUUCAGGAAUUAACACAAGGGAGAAAAUAAAAAU